GAUUAUUUCAGGUUAGGUGAGUCAGAGUUGCUGCCCAUUAGGUGGAUGCCCCCUGAAGCUAUUAUGUUGUGUAAAUUCACAAUAGACAGUGACGUGUGGUCCUAUGGUGUAGUACUGUGGGAGAUAUUCUCAUAUGGUAUUCAACCUUACUAUGGGAUGAGCAAUGAAGAAGUGAUUAAAUAUGUACGGACUGAUAAUGUAUUGAGGAGACCCCAGGGGACACCACAAGAGAUAUAUGAUCUUAUGUUGGACUGUUGGGCCAUUAAUCCUACUGACAGACCUAAAGCUAUUGAAAUAUCUAACGGGCUAGAGAGAUGGACCCCUGACCUAUCAGCACAAAUUGAAGUAAAGUGUAGGGGGGCCGGGCUGGGUCUGAGACAGGGGAUGGGG